AGUGGUGUGGUAGUAUUCAAAGACAAAAAAAAUCAUCCCGCACGCAUCAAAUAACAACAACAUUCGAAACUGCGUCGAAUCGAAAAAAUUGAUUUUGCUUAUGGCUGCGGAGUAAAUUCAAGUACCUAUACUUUUUAUCAAUCUGCCCGAAACGGUCCGUAAUGACAAACGUUACCACAAACGAUUCUACUUUUUUCAACAAUAAUUUUGUACACAAAAUGUAGUAAAUUGUUCGAAAACAAUAAAUAAAUCAAAAAACAAAACCAUACAAAAAUCAUUCCGCAGUGAAUUUAGUGCAUAUUUUGUAUCGGUUCAAAAAUAAUAACUCCAAUAACUCGACGAUAUCGAAGUUGAAGUGUCGUUUCGUGUCGUGUCGUUACUCCGAUAAAAAGCAAUUUUUGAUAUCAUCUUCAGCCAACAAGGCACAAUAAAUUCUGCACUUAAUUCAUUUUAAGUGCUAAAUUUUGUUGUUUAACAACGACAAAACAAUUUAUCUUUAAGAUAUUUGUUUUUUAAAAUAAUAUUCUGAUCAAUUGGAAGUUGAAGAAGAAUAAUUCGAAAAUCGAUUGGGACUAUCCGAACAGGAAUUCAAUAUGGGCGACUACAGCCCCGACAUGAACACAAUGGAAACUGUCCUUCCAGCAAUACUUGGGUUAAGUGCAGCAGCUGUCCUUUCAGCUGUGGCAUGUAUCUGUGCUAAGCAUCUUCGUGCUAGAAACAAGAAGACAUCACAUGAUACUAGUUAUCCAUUUCAACCAACACGUAGACCGACUGCUGUUCGAUCACCAAGCGGUCAACCACCACAUUAUCUAAAGAAAUCACCCUCACCUACGGGAACCAAACAAAUUGGCAUUCUUCAGCCAGUUCAAGACCAAACAGCAUCCAAUACCACAACUCCAAUUGCUCCGCAAACCAUAAAAUUCGUCGAGGAAGAUGAAAUUCAGCCAAAAGUGGUGUCUGAAAAUGAGGCAGUCAUCAAAAAGUCAUCACCUGUUGAAGUUGAGAGUCCCGGGAAAGAUAUGCCUGAUGGCUGGGAAUAUGGUAAAUUAGGAACAAUUUUCUUCAAGUUACGUUAUCUCAAGGAACGCAGCGCCCUGGUGGUCUCAAUCAUACGAUGUCGGGGUCUGCCAUGCAAGACGACAGCAGCCUCUGGUGGGCAUGAUGUUCCAGCAGGAAUGAAUGGUCGUACUCAAGCUGCAACCGACCCUUAUGUAAAAUUACAACUCUUGCCCGAAAAACAGCACAAAGUCAAGACCAGGGUUGUGCGCAAUACCAGAAAUCCCGUCUACGAUGAAGACUUCACAUUUUAUGGAUUGAAUAUUCAUGAACUUGGCUCAAUGACUUUGCAUUUCGUGAUCUUAAGUUUCGAUCGUUAUUCACGAGAUGAUGUUAUCGGUGAAGUUGUUUGGCCCUUGUCAUCAAUUAGCUUAAGGGAAAUCGAACAGGAACACAUGUCCAUAAGUAAGGAAAUUCAACCACGUAGUUUGAAGAUAAGAGCUCAAGGUCGUGGAGAGCUAUUGAUAUCAUUAUGUUGGCAACCGGCUGCUGGACGUUUGACUGUUGUGCUAUUGAAGGCUCGCAAUCUACCACGAAUGGAUGUUACAGGUCUGGCAGAUCCAUAUGUUAAGAUAUACUUACUCUAUAAUGGACAGAGAAUUGCAAAGAAGAAGACUCAUGUUAAAAAGAGGACAUUAAGUCCGGUAUUUAAUGAAAGUUUUGCGUUUGAUAUUCCAACAGCUGAGGGCACUGGAGCAACUCUGGAUGGUGUCUCUCUUGAGUUAAUGCUUCUCGAUUGGGAUCGAGUUACAAAGAAUGAGGUAAUCGGUCGACUAGAGCUAGGUGGUCCAAAUUCAGGUGGAACAGCUCUCAAUCAUUGGAAUGAAGUAUGCAAUUCACCAAGAAGACAAAUUGCCGAAUGGCAUAAACUCAAUGAAUAAGGUGAUUAACAUUGUUUAUUGCCAAUGAAAAUUAUAUAGAUAAUUCAUUGAAUAUAUAGUUAAUGAGAACAAAAAUAAAAUCCAAAUAACAAUUAUCAAAAUGUAAACAAAGUAGCAAAAACAAUAAUCUAAAUAAUAUAAUAAUAUUAAUAAUAAUAUUUCCAAAGGUGGUGGCAAUAAACUAGAAAAAAUAAAAGCAUAAAACUAAAUUCCCACUUCUGAAUUCACUCAAGCAUAAUUUGUAUAGUGUUUUACAUCAUAAAAUCGUUUGAAUUGCUUGCAUAAAUAAAAACAUAAAAAUAACACAACUCACUGAUAUCAACAGCAAAAUAAUAGUUAUUUAAGCUAAAAAUGUCAUCGUCACAGCCGAUUAGAGUUACAUAGCCUCCAUCAGCACCUCGAAAUUUAAUUUAAAAUUAAAAACAAAAAUACUCUUUAUUAAUGAUAUAAGAAAUCAAAUGUCAGUAUACUCGUGCUAUAAAGAUGCUACAAUUUGCUAUAAUUAACAAUGAGCUACCCUCCACCAGUAUAAAUACAUAUAAAAAUAUUAUUAUAAAUUAUAAUAUUCUAUAUAAUGUCUAAAAAAAAUAAAAAUAAAUGUAUAUUUAUAUUUGGAGCUUAGUGAUGGAGAACUUUAGAGUAAGUAAGGUACAUACUCAAUAGAAGGAGGUCAGAAUAAGCUUAUAAUUAAAACAACAACAAAAAAAUGUGUUUAUUUAGUGUACAAUUAUUAAUAACUCAUAUUAAAUUAAUAAGACAUAUGGAAACGUACUGACAGAACUCAUAUACAUAUAUGACAACAUACAUGCAUAAUAAAUACAAAUAAUUCAAAACAUCCCAUCCAAUUUUAGGUAUAUUAUACUAUCGUACAGAUCAAUACCACAUCCAGAAUAUUUUACAAAAAAAUAUAUAUAUAUAUUAACUUUUAUAAUUAAAAAACAAACAAAACUUAAAAAAAAGUAAUAGGUACACACUUAAAUAAUUUGUUCGUAAAAUAAAAUAAUUAAAAUCGAAAUGAAAAUGCAAAUAUUACAUACUAUAGAUAAAAUGUAUUUUUCAUCACUAUCUAUAAAGGCUUGACUUAUUGCCUGCGUUUUAAAAUAAAAAACAAAAUAGUUGUACCGACAGCUGCAUUUGAAAACAAAAAUAAUAACUGUAGUUUUUCUUGACUACGCACAAUAUUAAGUUUAUUUAUCCAUAAAUAAAUGAGUGCAUAAUAAGAAUACAAAAACAAUGUUAUAAUUGCUUUUAUUUUAUUCUGACCCUGUCUGAUAUUUUGAUUUUUAAGCUCACUUGCGUUAAGCCCUUUAAAAUUUUUUAUCAAAAUCGUAUUAGUUGUUCUUCACUGGUGACACGUUGAAAGGAUUUCAAAAAACUGCCAACCCCAAGUUAUUAGGCAGGCGUAAACAAAAUUGACGGAAAUCAUAAUCAAAACCACUUGGGCAGAGGGAAGAAAACGGCCAUGAUCUCAAGUUGACAAGAUACGAGAAAUAGAUUAUAGUAUCGCUUACUUGCUUACUCCGUCGGCCUGGCCAAUGACUCUGUCAUCAGUGAUCCAGUCUGGUCCUCUUUGAACAUACUUCGAGCACUUUUCCGGUUGUAGGUAGACGCCAUCGAGUUGGGCACCCCAAUUGUCCUAGUAUAUGGCAUCCUUCCAGUGGAGUUAUGGUGUUCCCUGUUGCUUUCCAUAAUAAGACAGGAUCUUCUAUGCUCAUGUGUAGUGCGUGACCAGCCCAACAGAAUUUAAGAAGCUCUAUCGUUGUUUCUUUAUCGGCUUCGCUGUAUAUUUCGUAUAACUCUACCUUAUCGGGAAUUGUCGUUCCUCUCAUAUGAGCCCGACUAUUCUUAUUAAGACUUUUCUCUCGGACGUGGAUAAUAGGUUAAGGUCUCUUUGACUGAGCACCCAAGUCUAGUAUCAAUAAGUGAGUACUGUUAAAACCAUAGUGUUAUACGGAAGCAGUUUGGAAUGUAUGGUGUGAUUUUUGGAUUUGAAGAGUCUUUAUAAGCUUAAGGAUGUUCUUUUGGCUUCAAGCACAUGCCUGUGUAUUUCUUCUCUUAUAUCUUUAUAGGGCUCUACUAUCGGCUGACCCAACGUAAGUAAGUGAUACUUAAAAUUCGUGAUCACCUACUAUUGCUAUUGUGUUACCAACUUUUCCCGUAGACGAAGCCACCAUGUACUUUAAUUUGAACUAAUUGGUCAAAUGAGUCAGGGGUUUGUUGCCGCUCACUCGAUUUGGAAAAUGAAUUCUGUACAGCUUGUUGGAUUCUUCCAAAGAUGUCAUGUCACUCUGGUAGAUAGCAAUCUGGAUACCUUUGCUUAGGUUGAAAGGUUUGUAAUGUCAUCCUCCAUAUACUUAUUAUUUUAUUUGGGAGGUCGAAUAGUCUAAUCGCUUUCUAAAAAUUGUACCUUAGCUAUAAUGUCAUAGGUGGCAUUGAAGUCUAUAAACAGACGUCAUGUUGGGAUGUUAAAUUCUGUAAAAUUUUACAUCGCCUGUCAAAGGGUGAAAAUCUGAUCAGUUUUUGACUUGCCUGAUCUGGAGCCCCAAUGAUAUGUGCCAAUUAUGGUUUCCGUGUAAGGGGCUAUCCGGUCUUGUAGGAUAGAGGGAAAUAUCUUAUAGGUUGUUUAACCUUAUACCACUAAAAUGGAUAUUCACUCAGUGAUAUAUCCUUUUUUUGUGUGUAUGAAAUAUUUAAUAACUUAACGCCACUCUUCUGGGAUCUCAUAUUUGAUUAGUUCGGUUGGGAUGCUAUAAGCACCCAAGGCUUUUUGUUGUUGUCUUUCAGCCGAUUUAAGCUGUUAAGCAGAUAAUUAGUAAAUUCUAUUGUCUACACAAAUUUGACUGGCUCUUGUUUUUAAAACCAUUUCCUUUCUUCACAUUAACUUUUUCAUCUUGUUGUUGAUUUGGAUAUUCAACAAGGUUUCCUUGAAAACACAAUAAUGGUGAAAUUUAUAAAUUGGUAUUGUUUGCCAAAUUCACGAAAUGAUUUUUUUUGCAUUGAGCUAUUUAUUAUAACUUAAAAUUGUGUCUUUCGGAACAAUUCUUUAAACUUUGUAUUGCAAGUAACAGCUUGUAGCAUUUCUUAAUGAAUAUAAUUUUUGUUGAGGUAAGAUAAAUCUAAAAACAGCUUUACUCAAAAGAAUCAAUACAAAAUCCAUAAUUUAAAUGCAUAAACUAAAAAAGAACAACAUUAAAAAAAAAACAUAUGAAACGCCGAUGUAUAUUUUCUGUCAUUUUCUCAUAGUCAUCCAUGUAAUUUUUAGCUGUGUAAAAACAAAUUAUUUAUCCUUGUUUAAAUUUUACAAUUCUGCACAAUAUUUUAUUUUUUUACUUAUCAAUAAAUAUAAGUAUUUUGUAAUUAUUUCAGUAAGCUAUUAAAAAAAAAAAGUAGAAAAAAACGUUUUUAUAACAAAGCAAAAAAAAACAAUUGGUGUUAAUUAUGUAUAACGUAUAAUCAAAUACAGCAUACAAUAGUUAGUGGACCCAACAAAAUCUAAUAUUUAGGAUAAAGACUAAUAUAUCUUUUAAAAACAAAACAGAAACAAAAAAUAUACAAAAACAACAAAAUAGUUAUAAGACUUUGCUUUCAAAUUUGUCACAGCCUAUAUCUUCUUCUUCUUUAAUAAAAACAAAAAUAAAAUAAUGAAAACUAAACUAUAUCUACAACAUAACAACUGUAUAUGAACAAAAAGUAAAAAUCAAAUUAACAACAACUCACAACAAAUGAUUUAAUAUUAUAAAAUUUAUUUAAAAAAAAAAAUAUUGUGUACAGGAACAUAAAUAUUUUGUGAUCGUGAGCUUUGUGGAAAGUAAAAUUUACUAAAAAAAAGAGAAAAAUAAAAUUAAAAGUAAGAAUUUAAUAAAAAUUUAAAAAUAAACAACAAAAUAUUUCAUAAAAUGUUGAAAAUGAAAAGAUAAUGUCUCAUAUUAUAAUAUUAAUUAUAUAUUAUUGUAUUAUUGUUACCAACGGUUAUUUAUUGCAGUUAGUUUUUUUGCUUUCUUUGAGCGUUAGACAUAUAGAAACACAUUUAUAUUUAACAAAAUAAAACAACAACAAAAAUCAGUGAAUCAGAAGUUGCUAAGUAAAAUAUAUUGAAUAAGUUUGACAGUAAGAAGAAGUUAUGUAAAUGUAAAAUGUAUUUCAAAAUUAUAUAAACUACGAACGACGAAGUAAGGGUUAAAUUAAUGUAUAACUUAUAUGAUUACUUUAUGAAUUUUUGUUCAUAUUUUGUUUAAUAUUUUUUAUAUUAUAUGUUUAUUUAAUAAUUUAUUAAUAUAAUAAAUUUAAUAUCUGAUCUAAACUGUAUAUGUUUUAUGAAGAUAUAUAAAAUCAAAUUUAUAAAACACCAUCUUAUUUGAAAAUGAAAUUAAUACCUAAUAAAAAUAAUAGUAAUUAACUUACUGUCACAA